AUGCGAUCCAAGUUCAAGGAUGAGCAUCCCUUUGAGAAGCGCAAGGCUGAGGCUGAGCGCAUUCGCCAGAAGUAUCUCGACCGCAUUCCUGUGAUCUGCGAGAAGGUCGAGAAGAGCGAUAUCGCUGCCAUCGACAAGAAGAAAUAUCUUGUUCCUGCCGACCUCACCGUCGGCCAGUUCGUAUACGUCAUCCGCAAGCGCAUCAAGCUGUCCCCCGACAAGGCCAUCUUCAUUUUCGUCAACGAGCUGCUCCCUCCCACUGCAGCUCUCAUGUCUUCCGUCUACGAGGAGCACAAGGAUGAGGACGGGUUCCUUUACAUCACCUACUCGGGCGAGAACACCUUCGGAGACUUUGAGUCAAUCUAG